AUGCAGCGGUUCAUUGAGAAAAAUAAAUCCAUUCAGGAGACUCCACAGCAUCUCUGCGUCAGCGUUGACGUCAGAAACAAUGAUAAAGAGCUCUGCCAAGACAUGAGCGAUGAAGACACUCCAUUUGUUCCAACAGUCACUGCAAUUUCCUCUACCCCAGAUUUCCAGUGGAUGGUCCAGCCUACAAUUAUUACAUCUGUCUCCCCGUCUCUGGGUAGCAGGCAAGCCAAUGAACCACAAAGCUCUCACCAGGCAACACCCAAAGUGGGCGGGAAUAAGGGGAAAAAUCCUGUCAGAAAGGGGAAAACAGAGCAGCUGUCUCCAGAGGAGGAAGAGAAAAAGAGGAUAAGAAGGGAGAGGAAUAAAAUGGCUGCAGCAAAAUGUCGCAACAGACGGAGGGAACUCACGGAUACGCUGCAAACUGAGACUGACGAGCUGGAGGAGGAAAAAGCAGCCCUGGAGACGGAAAUAGCCAACCUCCUCAAAGAGAAAGAACGGCUCGAAUUUAUCCUUGCAACACAUAAACCGAUGUGCCAGAUGUCAGAAGAGUUGGAGUCUAUUUUCCAGGAGCCCACGGGGUCCCCGGGGCUCCCGCCCAGUCCAGACGAGGACCGACUUCCAGAGGAUGGCACCCAGGAAGCUCCCUCGCUCCAAGACAUGGAUAUCUCCAGUGAUCCGUCCAUAGCAAUCUCUGGGAACUCCAACAUUUUGCUGUGCGCCAGUGCUGAGAUCAACAUCUGCGAUCUUGAGCCCUCUCUGGACAUUAAGGAAGGGCUUUUGGAGAACAUGUUACCCAGUUUGGAGGAGAAAACCCCCAUGGAGACGGCGCGAUCCGUGCCAGACAUAGAUCUGAGCAGUUCCCUCGGGGUCUCGGACUGGGAGACCCUGUACAAGUCUGUUUCCAGCGACCUGGAGCCUCUCAGCACUCCGGUGGUGACCUCCACCCCCACCUGCAGCAGCUACCUGUCCGUGUUCACAUUUGCGUGUCCCGAGCUGGACUGUCUCACAGAGGGACUAGACGGUCACAAAGGUGGAGGGGGAAAGGCUGACUCGGUUGAUCUUCUCAACUCCCCAACUCUCCUGGCCUUAUAAUGUACAGAGGGAAAUGAUCUGUGUGAUCUCUCUGGUAUUUCUGUUUGCAGUUUCCUGACUUUGAAAUGACAUGAACAACAUAUGCUACAGUAUGCUGUAACUCUACAAGGAAUACAUUCAUGAAAUGUCAUGUGUUUGUGACUAAGCAAACAUAAAAACUUUUUUCCAGAUACAUAGCCAACAGAGUGAUGUAGCCAAAAAGCAUGGCUUUUACUUUUACAGGUGGGACUGAAGUAAGUUCUGAUUUUACAACGCAUGCUGAAAAAUUCCAAAUAAUGUCCAAAGCUUAUAUAUACAUAUAUAUAUAUAUCUAUAUCUGAUCUGUUACUAGAUCUAAGAUGUAAUGUGGAAUUUAAC